GCUCCGCCUUUCAAAAUUCUUAAACUGAAAGAAUAUUAAGGCUGAAAUGAAAGCACACGUUUCAGACAACCUGCGUCUGUAGACAGCAAAACAAGUUUCCAGCAUCAAAACCUGUAUCUUGAAGUUCGUUUUUUGACAGAAUAAAAAUGGACAAAGACCUAAUGCAAAAUCUGUGUUUAAAUCUGGUCUUGCUGGGAAGAACAGGAGUUGGGAAGAGUUCAUCAGGAAACACAAUACUGGGACGAGAAGCUUUCACCUCAGAUAACAGCUCCACUUCUGUCAUACACAAUGUAUCUGUCGAAAUCGGUAAUAUUUGUCGAUUGCCGAUCAAAGUUUAUGACACACCGGGAUUGUCUGAUACAGAGUUGAGUAAGGAAGAUCUUUGGAAAUAUGAAGAAAUUCUUCGGCAAUGUGAAUCGGGCCUGUGUGCGUUUCUGCUGGUUCUCCAGGCAGACGUAUUCACUGAAGAAGAUCAAGAAGCUCUGGAGAAGAUUGAGGAGCUUUUGGGAGCAAAGCGUAUACAAAACACUUGGAUUCUCUUUACAAGAGGAGAUGCACUUGAAGAAGAAAACAAGACCAUAAGUACAGUCAUCAAAGAAACGGCAUACUUGAAGAACCUUGCUCAGAAAUAUGAGGGCAGAUACCAUGUGUUCAACAACAAGCAUAUAAGAAAACUUGAUGAUCAAGUGAAGUCUCUGAUAUCUAAAGUUUUCCACAGGAACUUAGAAAAUCUGCCAGAAAGACAAAGAACUUCAGUCAACAUCCCCAACAGUCCUGUCAACCAUAAUUUAACCAGAAGAAUCGUGCUGUUGGGUAAAAGUGGAGUUGGGAAGAGUGCAGCUGCAAACACAAUACUGGGACAGAAUAUGUUUGAAUCUACAGUUGGCUCAAUUUCCGUGACCCGUGAAUCUUUGGUGAAACACGCCACUGUUUCUGGCAGGAAAGUGUCUGUAGUUGAUACUCCUGGAUUUUUUGACACACACAUGAGCUCUGAGCAGUUAAUGAUUGAGAUAGUGAGAAGUGUUUACAUAUCCAGUCCUGGGCCUCAUGCUUUUCUCAUUGUGUUUCCUGUGAAUAGAUUCACUGAGCAGGAGGAAGAGAUUCCUCAAAUCAUUGAGAUGUUGUUUGGUGAAGAAGUGUUGAAAUACUCCAUCAUUCUCUUCACUCAUGGAGAUCAGAUAGAAGGAAGGUCCAUAAAAGAAAUCAUUGAGGAGAAUGAAGCUUUAAGUCAUCUAGUUGGUCAGUGUGGAGGCAGAUUUCACAUCUUCAAUAAUAAAGAUCAGAAUAACAGAGAGCAGGUGAAUGAUCUACUGCAGAAGAUUGACACAAUGAUAGAGCAGAAUGGAGGAGGACACUACAGUAAUCAGAUGUAUGAAGAUGCUUACAGAUUCAGACAAGAGGAAAAGAUUAAGAGAUUAAGAGAGGAGACAGAGGAGAGAGUCAGAGCAGAGAUACAGCGUGAGAUCAAUGAGAGACAAGAACAAGAGGAGAACCAAAGACAAGAGGAAAUUGAGAGACUGAGAAAGCAGACAGAGCAAAAAAUCAGAGCAGAGAUACAGUGUGAGAACAAUGUAAGAAAACAACAAGAGGAGAUUCAAAGACAAGAGGAGAUUGAGAGAGUGAGGAGGCAGACAGAGGAGAGAAUCAGAGCAGAGUGUGAAGCUCAAAUGAUGUCUGAAAUGGAAAGACUUAAAGAGGAAAGACAGAGGGAGGAAGAGGAGAGAAAACAACAAGAGGAGAAACAAAGACAAGAAGAGAUUGAGAGAGUGAGAAAAGAGACAGAGGAGAGAAUCAGAGCAGAGUGUGAAGCUCAAAUGAUGUCUGAAAUGGAAAGACUUAAAGAGGAAAGACAGAGGGAGGAAGAGGAGAGAAAACAACAAGAGGAGAAACAAAGACAAGAGGAGAUUGAGAGAGUGAGAAAAGAGACAGAGGAGAGAAUCAGAGCAGAGUGUGAAGUUCAAAUGAUGUCUGAAAUGGAAAGACUUAAAGAGGAAAGACAGAGGGAGGAAGAGGAGAGAAAACAACAAGAGGAGAAACAAAGACAAGAAGAGAUUGAAAGAGUGAGGAGGCAGACAGAGGAGAGAGUCAGAGCAGAGAUACAGCGUGAGAAUAAUGAUAGACAACGAGAGAACCAAAAUACACCAGAGUGUGAAGAAGGAAGUGGAUUUAAGAAGUUUUUUUCCAAGUAUUGGAAACACUUUUUAAUGGGCAUUGCAGCUGGUGCUAUAAUUGGUGGACCUGUUGGUGGAAUUGUUGGUGGAAUUGUUGGUGGAGUUAUAGCCUUAAUUGUUGAUAAAAGGCAGGGGCGUCACUAAUGGGUGGAAAAAAUGUUGUAAUAUCAUGAAAGAUAAUAUUAAUGCCAACCACAACAUAGGUUGAAUGUAAUGAGUCAGAAGAUACAAAGAAGAAUUUAAUUAACUUUUGAUCAGAAUUUUGAGUUUCUGUAAGUUAUCUACAGUCAUUUAUCUUUGUGGUCUAUAACAUGAAUUGGUGAUUUUUGAUGAUUUGUUGAGUUAAUUUUAUUUGUCAGUUAACACUGUUAAGAAUCUAAGAACAGAAAACCUUCACUUUACUAUUCAAAUCAAAUCAAAUCAGAUCAUAUCUGUGCAUUAUACAGCAUGUACUUCUAAAUAUAAAUUGAUUUCUUUCAAAAAUAAAUAAAACUUCUAGGGGUGUGCAAUAGAGCCAAUACCUAUACCUGUUCCAAUCUCAAAUUAGAAACCUGUUUUAAAUGUCAUUAUGUUCACUUUAUAAUUUUCAUUUAACAGAUAUACCUUGUAUAACUUAAAAAAAAAAAAAAAAAAAAAAAAUAUAUAUAUAUAUAUAUAUAUAUAUAUUUGUUUUUAUUAUAAUUACAAUUAAGGAAUUUGUUUAGCUAGGGAAGUAAGCCUGUCGAAACAAUCACAUAUAUAAAACUCUGUAGCUGAUUAGAGAACAUGGAAGCUGAAAGAAAAUAUUCAGUGGUUGACUAACCAGUGUGUGACAAGUGCCUGCAACAUAGGUUGGAGUAAUGGAACAGUCUCUAGUUUAGUGGAGAACAGAAUAAAUACUGGCAGUAAAUAAAUCACAGAAUCAAUGUAAGGAAAAUGCUUAUUUUGUAAUUCAGCAGUCACAUAAAAGACAUGAACUAUAAUUUGAAACAAAAGAAUAAAAUUGAUACACAAAAUAUUAA